AUGGAUCGAUCAAAGUAUUUGGCGGAAAGCCAGCUGAAGAAGACGGCUUUUCUGGCAGUUGUGAGUCAUAUGUUGAGUGAAAUGGAUUAUUGCAAGACAAAAUCGAAAAAUAUGUGGCUUGACAUGGUUUCCCUGGGCCUUUCAAUGCCCGAUGCAACAAACAAACAACGUGCUAGGAGAUCGUGGAGUUUUGGGCAAUGGCUAGAUCAACAGGCUGCAGCCCAAUAUGCUGGCUACGAUGUGAAGGGGGAGGAACCGAGUUGUUGUGGAUGUCAACAAGGCUUGUCAGGGCCACCGGGGCCUGCUGGGGAUGAUGGAAAUGAUGGGGCUGAUGGCAAACCGGGAGAUGACGGGCCUUCCGGAAAGGAUGGAAUUGUGCAACCAGCAUUGGGACCAGUGGCGGAACCAUGCAUAAUUUGCAUUGCAGGUCCCGCUGGUCCACCCGGCACUGCAGGACCUAAGGGUCCGCCAGGGCCAAGAGGGUCGCCAGGAAAUUCGGGAAUCGACGGGAAGAAGGGCGAAAACGGACUACCGGGUGCCCAUGGAGUGGCAGGCAGACCGGGAAGGAUGGGAGCAAAGGGGCCAAAGGGAGAUGAUGGUCGGGUUAUUAUCAUUCCUGGUCCGGUUGGGCCACCGGGGGCACCGGGUCCUAAGGGACUGACAGGCCCUAGAGGAUCGAAGGGCGAAGAUGGAAAGCCAGGACCUCAAGGACCGGCUGGGCAACCAGGAGAUGCGGGCCCCCGAGGUAGCGCCGGAAAAGAUGGUACCGUUGGAGAACGAGGGCCACCUGGUUCUCCUGGCCCACGCGGCUCAUGCGAUCAUUGCCCAUCACCCCGACUUCCGCCCGGAUAC